CUAGUCCCGACUAGUUACCUAACGAACCGCUUGCCAUUUUCUGCAAACAUUUUCAUCAAACUUGAGUGAUUCUUUCUUCAAUGUAAACCUUCGAAUUUAAUCUUUGAGAAAAUUAAUUUUUCCUGUUUUAUUUGCGAUUAAAAAUCACUUAAUUUUGUUUCAUAAUUGAUUCAUUAAAUUUCGUUGUAAAUAAUACAAAGUUUAUCAGAGAGAAAAUAGUAAAAAUAUAAAAGUGAAAAUUCCAGUGAUGGAUACGUGAGUGUCAAAGCGAAAAUUUUCUAAAAUAAUUGUUAUUUUCUAAAAAUAAAUUUAAAAAAUUUAUGUAUAUCAUACACGAGCAAAGUGUUUUAUUAAAAAAAGAAAAUCGUAUUUAUGAAAAAUUUAUCCUUAUAUUUGUGAUUGUGAAUUGUUAAUAACGUGACGUAGAAUCUCUAUGUGCAUCUACUAUCGGAAGAUUAUAUUUUAAGUAAGUUAGAAUGGUAAAUAAGACUUUAGUGUUUUAAUAAUUUUUAUUGAACAUAUUUAUUUAAGUAAUAUUUUAUGACAAGAUAAGUGUGAUGGAAAUGUGAUGAAAAAACUAUAAACCAGAAAUAAUAAAAUGUAAAGAAAUAAUAAAUGUUGUCAAAAAAAUUAUGAUUAAAAUAGUGAAGUGAAUUUUUAAAGUGAUAUUAAACAGAUUAAGAUUCCUUAAACUGGAUUCAAUAUGACAUCACCAAUACCAAGUGAAGAAUGUUGUUCAAUAUUGGAACAUUCUACAGUCGAUUAUACAAAAGUAAACGAAGUUAAAAAUGUUUGUGAAGAUAUAGAAAAUAAUAAUACUCAAGAUAAAGACAAAAUUUUUAACGAUAAAGAUAAUGUAAUACAUUAUUCAUCGAAUUCAAAAGGAAUAUUUGCACAGUGUUUAUUAGCUGGUGCAGUUCUAUUAGUAGCAGCCGCUGGAGGAAUGCCAAUUGGUUACAGUGCUACAUUAUUACCACAAUUGGCUGAAGAAAAUGGCACAAUGCACGCUGAUCAGGAACUUGGAUCAUGGAUAGCAUCAGUUCACAGUUUAGCAACACCUAUUGGGUCUUUGAUGUCCGGUCCAUUAUUAGAUGGAAUUGGUAGACGUGGUGCUUUACAAUUUUCAGCAGUACCGCUAUCCGUUGGAUGGUUCAUCAUAGGUUUUUCUACAAAUAUUCCCUGUCUUUUAGUAGGAAGAGUUGUAUUAGGUUUUGGUGUUGGUCUAAUGGCAGCACCAGCUCAAGUUUUUCUGGGUGAAAUGGCCGAUCCGAAACUCCGUGGAUUAUUAACAGGAUGUACUUUAACCUUUUAUUGUUUCGGAAUUCUCAUAAUAUACGUCUUAGGGGCUUCUUUCACAUGGGAUAUCGUGGCUUUUUGCGGAAUCAUAAUUCCUACGACAGCAUUAAUUGCGUUGCUCCUGAUUCCGGAGAGUCCCGCAUGGCUCAUAAGACGAAAGAAACCCGACAAAGCAAAAAAGGCUUUACUAUGGUUGAGAGGAAAUAACGAGAAACAGGUUGAAGCUGAAUUGGAGAUAUUAGAAACGCGAGCAAAAAUAGAUGCAGCCCGAAUGGCGAAUACAUCAUUGUUUGAAAAAAAGUCUUCUAUUAUUUCCACGCUUCUGGAUCCAAGUGUUUUCAAACCAUUGACCAUAAUUAAUAUUUUUAAUUUUCUUCAAUUAUUAAGUGGAACAUUUAUCAUGGUUUUUUAUGCAGUAAAUCUUGUUACAAGUAUAGGUGGUGACAACAUAAACAGUUAUUUGGCAGCAGUAAUUACAGCGAUUAUUAGGCUUGUAUUUAGUACACUGGCAAGUUUUUUAUUGUUAAGAGUGAGCAGAAGAUAUCUUGGAAUAUUUUCCGCUUUAGGAUCAGCCUUUGCUUCGUUUGCUCUUGCAAUAUAUAUAUCAAUUAAAGAAGAUUUUAUAGAUAUAUACAUUGUUGGUAUACUUUUAUUAUUAUACGUGGCAACUAAUACUGUGGGAUUGAUGGCACUUCCAGGAUUAAUGGUUGCGGAAUUGCUUCCGCAAAGAGCUCGAGGAAUUGGCGGUGGUUUCAAUUACUUUGUUGUCAAUUCUUGUAUUUUUAUUGUAACAAAAAUUUUCCCUAUGGUGAAUGAGGCAGUGGGCGUUAUUGGAGUUUUUAUAAUUUUUGGAAUUUCUUCUCUUGUAGAAGGAUUAUUUAUUUAUAUUGUUUUGCCAGAAACGAAAAAUCGUACACUUCAAGAAAUUGAAGAUUAUUUUCAACAAGAUAACUUAUUUUGGAUCACCCGUUCAAGGAAAAAUAGAAAAUAUGACAUCGUAAAUAAAGGUUAAUAUUUUAAAAUGUUUAAAUACAUAUAUUAUAUACAUAUAAUUGUGAUAAAAUGUUGAUGUAAUUUUAUAAUGUUUAUUUAUAUGGUAUAAUUUAAGUAAUAUAAUGUAAAUAUGUUUAAAUUUUAUUAUAUAAAAAUUUAAAUCAAUUUUAAUUAUUGGCUGAAAUUAUUAAGGCAAUUCACAAAGUACUUGAAUUAAAUGCUAUUCCUUGAAGGAUCCACUCACAAUAUUGUGGAAGUAUAUAACUAUAAUUGUGAAUAUUCAGUGAAUUUAAUGAUGAUUGAUUUUUAGCUCUUUUCUAUAAUAGCUAUCUAGCUUAAUUUUUAUAAUCACUAAUUGAGAUUUGCAACGAUUAGUUAAGUUCUAAUUGCAUUCUAAUUGGAUUCUAAUUGAGAUGAUAAUUGAAUAAUAUUAUUGAAUAAUAUUAAAUAAUAUUGAAUAAUAAUAAA